AUGUCACUAGCCUCACCACGCAGUCAGGGGCUUUCGCCAGACAAUGCGCUCCAGGAUCCUCACGCGCCAGAUCCCUAUUUGUCUGCGACAUCCGACCCCGAAGAAAUCUAUUUCCAAGCCAGCGCCAUUCGAUUAACACCGUCGGCGAGUCCUGGGCAAAUACUGGGCUCCCCUCAGGACGCGCGGAUCGACUCCACACUGCAGACGGGCUACCUGGAUCCCCGAAGUGAUUAUAAUAGCGCGUGCACCUCUCCACUUUCGGAAAAUGCAUUUGUCGAACCGCAGGCGAUUGAAUUAACCAGUGGCUCGAGUAGCUGGCGAGAUGAGAGCUUUUCAUCUUACCAGACGGACAAUUCUGUUCCCGUUGAUCCCGCGUGGUCUUCGCCCAUGGCCCCAAAUGUAUUUCAGUGGACGAGGACAAGCUUGGAGCAAAAUCAGAAUCCAUCGGGCACUAUGCCAACUCUGGAAUUCAACAGUACCAACACAGUGCAGUCGAUUCCCAGUUCGUAUAAAGCCGGUCUCGGUGUCUCGCAUGUUCCAUUGAAUGAGCCAUCUCGACUCUCCGCUACGAACAUCCAGGGGUCAAAUAAUGAGUCGGUAUCAGACACAACCAGGGGAAGAAGUCCUGUUUUCAAGAUUGAGACUUUUUCUCGAGGCGAUUCACCAAAAGGACGCACAACCGAUCACCAAAGAUAUCGCAGUCAGUCCUCUGCGCACCUCUCGGCAGCGGACCCAAAUGAUCAAUCGAGCGAGUCUGGCAGUGAAUCCGACGAUCACAAAUCCAUCUCGUCUGUCUCGGUUUCGCGAUCCCCUAACGGCGCGUGGAUCCGACACCCUACCACCCAUUUAGCCGGACUCGACCCAGAAGCUCGUGGAAACGAAUACGGGCCGAGUCCCAACGAUAUCCAAGUCAAGCGGGAAAGGGAGGAGAAGAACGAAGAUAUCACAUACUGGUCUGUAUCUGUGAGCAAGGCUAAUAGCGAGGCUGGCGAUGAGCCGCCUAGUCCUCCGCGCCGACACCAUGUCCCUAGCAGACUUCGAGCGAGGAGCACGGGGGACCGUCCCCUGAAAGAAGAGGGUUACUUCAGUUUGAAAGGUCACUCUGCGGUCCACCCAUGUCCUGGGCCUGGGGUUUUGGUGCACGAAAGCAGCGAUGAAAUGCUGAGCGAGGAUGAGGAAAGUAUAGCCACAGGUUCGGACUCAAUACCGGCCAAUGUCGAUGAGCCUGGCAGAUAUGAUCGCAGCACACCCGAAAUCUAUUCAUCGCUUGAGCAACCAGAUGAAGGGCUCCGUUUAUACCCUUGGCACGAUUCACCUCGCGACUCGACGCCCAGAUCAGAUGCGAUGCAACCGAUUAGCUCGACUGAUGCAAUGAUAGCUUUUGAGAAACGCGUUCGAGAUCUGGAAACGGCAUCACUUACUGCGACUAUUGAUAACAACAGCAUUAUCAAUGUCACCACAUCUCUUGAGAAGUUCUCUGUUGGAGCUCAAUCAAAAAGGCGCAUGAGUCUUAUGAAACGUCCUUGGAUCCAGCAGGCGUCUUCGAAGCUAAAGCGCCAAGCUUCCGACUUAUCUCUCAUCAGUCAAUCCAGUACCUACCCUAGACCUCAGCCGCAUGAAGUAUCAGAACCCUCGCCAAAACCGUACUCGCCCCGGAAUGUCUUCUCCGCUCGUCGACAUUCACGGUCACCGAGCUUGACCAAUGCUCUUCUUUCCAUGUCUAGUCAAAUGGCCGCUGUUGGGGGCAGUAGCUCUGUCCAAGCAGUUUCGCCUGCACCGUCGCCAAAUCCAGAGAGGCAUUCUCUAAGUCUCCCGCUUAAGAGCCGAGGACGAAGCAGAAGUGAAGUUCCCCGACCCUCUAACCCUGGGUUGAUGAACUUGAUGACUGCUCAUGGUGGACCGCCUGUCCCGAACAUCACUUUACCAGGGAGGUUCAGCUCAGAUGCAGCCCAUCCCCCCAAAGGUCCAUUCCUAGGCGUUGAAACAAUUGGCGAGAAUGAUAACAAUGUCAUGGGCGAUAGCAAGGGCAUUGUCAUGGAAUUCCCAGCUGUCCAAGAUCUCCCAGAGCCGACAAUUGAAGGGUUCAAGUCACAGAUCAUGCAAUUGAAUCCGAGACUUGAGCCGGCCUUGCUUCAGCGUCUUGCAUGUGAACAGGAUCGCCGUUUUAAGCUUUUGGUUGGAUUGCAGCGAAAUCACGCUCUCGCGGUUGGCAAUCACACAUGCAAGUCACAGGCAUUUUGUUUCGCGUCGGGCGGGAAAGCCUCUUUUCUACCACAGUCCAAGGCUCCCAUGGAAUCGGAGACAGGUCAAAGUCAAUUCCGAGUCAAACCCCUCAGUCCAGGACAAGAGCAACAUGCUACAGCGGAAGGAACUGUAACACAAUAUCCACCUGGAGUUCCUCCCCCGCCGGUGAAUCAACUCCCUGCCCAGUUCGAGUGCCCCAUUUGCUUCGAGGUUAAGAAGUUCCAGAAGCCGUCCGACUGGUCUAAACAUGUUCAAGAGGAUAUUCAACCCUUCACAUGUACAUUCCCUCACUGCACCGAGCCCAAGUCAUUCAAGCGCAAGGCCGAUUGGGUCCGCCAUGAGAACGAGAAACACCGACAGCUGGAAUGGUGGACCUGUGCAUUCCCCGACUGCCAUCAUAAGUGCUACCGAAAAGACAACUUUGUGCAGCAUCUGGUUCGAGAACAUAAAAUGCCGGAGCCGAAACUCAAGAAUGGCAAGUCUUCGGAAGCCGAUGUUUUGCCGAAUGGCCAAAGAGAAAAUGAUGUGAAACGUUUAUGGCAAAUGGUCGAAGAAUGUCGGCAUGAGACGGACCGAACGCCCCAAUCAGAGCCGUGUCGAUUCUGUGGGAAUGUCUGUAGCGACUGGAGAAAAUUGUCGGUCCACCUGGGAAAACACAUGGAACAACUCGCCAUGCCUGUCUUACAUCUCGCGAAGCCGAGCGCCCCAAGCCCUGUCCACACCGGCCAUACCAGCCUCAAAGUGGAACCGGUUCGCGGAUCAUCGGCAACCUAUCCCUCGCCCUCUCUUGCGUAUGGACACGAACCUCUUCAAGCGUCAUCGAACUACACUCGAAACACUAGCACCCCCAUCCCUGCUUUUUCAUUUAACGGCCCGCCUGUCGAAUUCCCCACUAUUUCUGGCAGUCCACUCAUCGAGGAGCCCGAGUCCAUGCCGGGUUCCAUGACUGAUUCGCUCACCCCUGAUCAGUAUGCGUACGGGGUAGGCCAGUUCGGCCCAGCGCCCCACCUGUCCCAGGCCCCCCAGGCCCAGCCUCAUCCCCUGCAUCAAAGCUCGUUGACGUAUCCGCCCUACGCCAUUCCUAGGUCGAGGACUCCAGAGUCCGAAAUGAACUCGUAUCAGUUUCAGUCUGUGUACCCCGCAGAUGGCAGUUAUGCUUAUCAAGCCGAACCCGAGGUGAACUAUUCUUCCACUUAUUCCUCGGGUUGUCCUUCCAGGAUGUGA